GAUGGCAUUGGCUGGUCAGAUCCCAUGGAACAACAAAUAUUUCAUCCCUCAAGGCGCUUCCAUGGAGCACGAGCUUUUAUUUCGCAAAAUUUAUUGGAGAUACUUCAAUCAGAUUUGUGAUACCCAUGGUUUCGACAUUGACAUCUAUCCGGGUAAAGCCUGGGCAGCUACUUACGUACCAUACAUUGAUUUUCGGAAAGAAAUUGACUUGCUCAUGGAUCUGGCUAAACAUGCUAUUCAGGACUACAACAAUACAUCAAAUGAUGAUUACAAGUACAAGGUCACGUGGAUUGAAAAAGUGAACUAUUUUGUGGGUGAAGGUCGUGAAUUCCUUAUGACUGUUAAAGUUAAAAAUCUCACUCUGCGUACACCUAUAGAAACUUUUCAAAUCCAUGCAUAUAGGGGACGAAAUGAGGAGAAUGUUGUCCGUCUUUGCCGGAAAAAAUUCUUUAAGUUGAGUUGAAUUGAGAAGAAGCUUCACCGGAGGCAAGGAAAGAGUCAGUUGAACUAUUGCUUUUUAAAUCUAAUACUAGUUGAGAACACUAUAGUAUGUAACUACAGCGGCUAAUGCUGAUUGACGUCUUUAUUAGCUGUAGAAGUAUUUCCAUAAAUAUUAUCAGUGGUCGAGCUUUCUUGGAAUGUUGGUAUUGGUAGUAGUCUAACUUUUGUGUAUCAGGUAAACUCUUUCUAUGUAUGUAUGAUUUGGUGUGUUAAAGUGGGAUCUGUUUCACUUAAAUGGUUUUAAUACCUAAUAUUCAAUGUUACAAAGUCAAUUUUUGCUAGUCA